AUGGGUUGUGGAUUUAGUAAAACGCUAAGCAAUGAUCCUAUUCAAAUUCACUGUUGUGUUAAUCCAGAAAAUGUAAUAAGUCCUGAUGGUGAGUGUAAUUCACGAAAACAUGAAGUAAAUACACCGCCAAAUAAAAGAGGAUCUACUAAUGAGUUAAUCACACCGAUAAGUACAGAUUAUGAUGAAAAAAUAACAAGUGGAUCAGAAGUUGAUGGAGAAGACGAUGAUGAUGAUCACGUCGAUGAUUUGAUUGAUGAAGGUUACAUUGAUGAAGAAGAAAUAGGAUUACUUAAAUGCACAGAAUCACCGAUACGUUUAACAACAAAAUCAGACUGUAAUAAAGUAUUGCAGACAAGUCCGUGUAAUGCAGAAAAUAAAAAAGGUUUUAUUUCAUUUGAUAUCAAUUUGAAUGAAUCAGACGAUGUAAUGCUAGAUAGUUUACAGACAUGUCCAUUACCCAAACAUUUGAAACGAUUGGAACCAUUAGAUCGUACACCGAAAAUCACUACAGAAAUGUUGAUGGAGAAAUUAGAUAAAGCAGAGGAGAAAAGAAAAAAAGCUCUUGAAAGAUGGAAACAAAAAACAAGGAAAUAUUGUUCAUCUGGUCGUUCUACACAUCACAUGGGUGAUAUAUCAAAAGAAGACCAGUCAAUAACCAUUCGAACAGUGAAUGAAACAGGGACUCUGAAUACACGGCCAAAUGAAUCAGCUGUUAAAAGUGGAAGUUCAAAUAAGCCAAGAGAAGAAAAUCUGGAAAAAGAAAACAAUAUUAAACAAUCAAGUAAGCAAUCACCAAACACAGCUACCUAUUCAAUAACACUGAAUUCAUCACCUUCAACAACUGGGGCAUCCGCAUUAACAACAUCAACACCGCCGACGACAACGACGACAACAACACCAACGGAGGUGAAAGAGAAUAGUGAAAAGGUCAAUCAAAGUAAUAACAGUAGCAGUAAUCUUGAGGAUCGUUUACUCAAACUGUUAUCUGGACAACACUAUGGCACAAAUGUUUCAUUAGAUACUCCAACUGGCUCUUCCGACUGUUUGAAACGAUCAAAUUAUAAAUCUUCAUUACUGUCUAGGCACCUACAUACAAGAAAUCACUAUCUACAGACACUCAGAGAAGAAGAUAUUGAAGAAGAUCUAGAGGAUGAAGAUGAUGAGGAUGACAGUGAUGAGGACACUGACGAUGAUGAUGAUGAUGAACUUAUUGAUGCCUGUGAUAACGGUUAUGGUGAUAACACUAGUAGUUGUAGUAGUGGCAGUAAAAAUAUUGAAACAAAACUCCGUAAAACACAGAUAAGUUCAGUGGAAGAAAACUGUCUACAAGCAAAAAAUCGUUUCUUAACAUAUCAAACAGGUAAUAAAUAUCAUUACACGCCAAGUGUAAUUAAAAGACGAAAUCGUCCUAAAGGAAGCUGA